AUGGCAUAUAAUAUAUAUUCCAACUUGUCCGAUUUUUGGACUAGUGAUGAUGAUGAAGAAUCCAAUGAAGAAGAGGAAGAGAACAAUGUAAAAAAUGAUAAAGAAGAAGAUAAUAAUAUAAAAAAUGAAAGAUAUGUUUAUGAUAUAGAAGAUAGUUUUAAUGAAUAUAAUUUUGAUAAGAGAGAAGAUAUGAGUAUGAUGUAUAUGGAUGAUAAUUCAUUUAAUAAAUCAAUAGAUAAAGAAUUAAAUUUUAAUAUACAAGAUAUAUUGAAUGAUUGUUCAAAUGAUAUAUCAGAAAACUUUACUAUAAAUAAUCUGUUAAAAAAAUAUGAUAUAAAUAAUUUUGUAUAUAAUGAUAAUUUAUUAAAAUAUUGUGAAACAGGUGUAGCAAUAAAUGAUGAAAAACCAAAUAAUGAAAAAUUAAAUUUGAAUGAAGGUUUUGAAUUUAAUGUCAAAUCUUCAUUUAAUUAUGUUAACCCUCCAAGUUAUAAUUCAAAAAUGAAUAGAGAUAUAAAAAAUGAGGUACAUCAAGAAAAUAUAAAAAAUAAUAAUAUCGAGAUGAAUCAAGUUAUUAAUAAUGAAGAUGAAAUGAUAAUUAAUAAAAAAGUUUUGGAUGAUAAUGAAAAUGUUGAUGUGGAAAAUGCCGACUAUCCAAACGGCAAAAAUAUUGAUAAUAAUAAUAAUGAUAAUAUAAUUUAUGAUGGUGGUAAUAACUCGAAUGAACCACAAAAACUAAAUAAUCAUAUUGAGAACACCAAAAUAAAAUAUAUACGAAAAAAAUGGGUUAUUGAAGAUAACGAAUCAGAUAUUUCAAAUUUUAAUAAAAAUGACUUAUUAUUAAAUUACGAUUUUGAAUUAGAUGAUUUUCAAAAAAGAUCAAUUAAACAUCUAAAUAAUUUUAAACAUGUAUUCGUAGCUGCUCACACAUCAGCUGGUAAAACGUUGAUUGCCGAACAUGCUAUAGCAUUAUCAAUAAAAUUACAAAAGAAAGCUAUAUAUACUAGUCCAAUAAAAGCUUUAAGUAAUCAGAAAUAUUAUGAAUUUAAAAAUAUUUUUAAAGAUGUUGGAAUUAUUACAGGUGAUGUUAAAAUGAAUGUAAAUGCCAAUUGUAUAAUUAUGACAACAGAAAUUUUAAGAAAUUUAUUAUAUCUUAAUGAUAAUAUUAUUAAUAAUAUACAUUGUGUUAUAUUUGAUGAAGUUCAUUAUGUAAAUGAUGAAGACCGAGGUGUUAUAUGGGAAGAAUCUAUUAUUAUGCUUCCACAUCAUGUACAAAUAUUAUUAUUAAGUGCAACCGUUCCUAAUUAUUUAGAAUUUGCUGAUUGGGUUGGUUUUACAAAACAAAAAGAAGUUAUUUCUAUAGCUACUAAAAAAAGACCAGUACCAUUGUUACAUUAUAUUUAUGCUUAUGAUUCAGUUUAUUUAGUUAUGGAUGAAAAAAAUAAAUUCUAUUCUUCAGCAUUUAAAGAAAUAUAUGUAAAAAUUAGAGAGAAACAAGAAGCUAAUAAUAAAAACACAAAACAAUUGACAUCAGGUGCUCAUAAUUCUUCUUCGAAUUUUAAAAAAAAUAAUAAUUAUUAUGAUUCAAAAAAUAAAAAUGCUAAUACAACAAAUAAUAAAGAAAAUGAUAAUACACAAAAUAAUAAUAGUAAUAAUAAUAAUAAUAAUAAUAGUAAUGUUAAGGGAUAUUAUGAAUAUUGCAAACAAAAGAGAAAACAAAAAUUAUUUGCUAAUGAAGCUAGUAUGAAAACUGAAAUACAAAAAUUACAAACACUUAUUAAAAAAUUAGAUCAAGAUAAUAAAUUACCAGUCGUUUUAUUUUGUUUUUCUAGAAUCAAAUGUGAAACAUAUGCUAAAUGUAUGCCACAUUUAAAUUUUCUUGAUACCAAUAAAAAAUCAAAAGUACAUUUAUUUAUUAAAGAAUCUAUAUCCAAAUUACCUAAACAAGAUAGAGAAUUAAAUCAAAUUCAAAGUUUAAGUAAAUUAUUAGAAAAAGGAAUAGGAGUACAUCAUAGUGGUCUUUUACCUAUAUUAAAAGAAAUUGUAGAAAUUUUAUUUUCGAAAGGAUUAAUAAAAGUAUUAUAUGCAACUGAAACAUUUGCUAUGGGUAUAAAUAUGCCAACCAAAUCUGUUGUUUUUACAUCUAUAUAUAAACAUGAUCAUUUAAGAAAAAGAAUAUUAACUUCAUCAGAAUAUACACAAAUGUCUGGUAGAGCUGGUAGGAGAUCAUCUGAUAAAUAUGGUUAUGUUUAUAUAUGUUGUUGUGAUAAUAUUCCAGAUCAAGUGCAACUCACUGAAAUGAUGAUGCAAAAAGCUGUAAGUCUAAAAAGCAAAUUUAAAGUAACAUAUAAUAUGAUUCUAAAAUUGUUAAUAAAUAAACAAAUAAAUAUAGAAAAAAUGUUAUUUAGUUCAUUUCUAGAAAGUUGUAGAGCUUUACAAAUACCAUUGUUUAAAAAAGAUCUUAAAAGAAAAAGAAAAGUGUUGCAAAAUAUAAAAGAAGUUCAAUGUAUAUAUGAUCAAGAAAAUAAAAAUGCUUAUCCUCCUAUUGAGCAAUAUGUACAAAUAAAUUAUAGAUUAAAACAUAUUGGAUUAAAUCUUCAUAAAAAAUUACUAAAUACAAAAAGCAGUAAUUGUUUUGUUAUAGGAAGGGUUAUGUUAUUAAAUAAUAUUCACAUCUUACAUAGUUCUGUCUAUGCGAUUUAUUUAGGAUGUGAUAAAAGUAAUAAUAAAAAAAAAAAUGAUAAAGUUGAUUUUGCUAGAAACAGUAUUUUCUUUCAAAAUAGUUAUGAAGAUGAUCGAUCAAAUGAGCGAUUUUUCUUUUUAUUUAUUCUACCUGAUUUUAUGGCAUUUGAAGAUUUGCCUGAUUAUAUUGUCAAUGAAACAGAUCAGAAUAUGUUGGCGUCCAAAAAAAAAAAAACUACAAGCAAUAGCAAUAAUAAUGAAAAAAAAAAUAAUAAUAUUAAUAUUAAUAAUAAUAAUAAUAAUAAUAAUAAUAAUAAUAUGAGUAAUAAUAAUAGUUUGUCCAAUUCUGUGUCAGAAAAUAUAAAUUUAUAUGAGAAUUAUAAAAAUGUAUUUUCCAAAAAAAAUAAUAAAAGUGAUAUAAAAAUUAUUUAUCACUCAUCAUUCGAUACAGAUAUUAAUAAAAAACAUUUUGUUGUUUGUUCAAAUGUCUGUAUAGAAAAUAUCUCUAUUAUAACUAAUACUGUUAUUAAAUUACCAAAUGUAAAUAAUACAGCUAUUCUUAAUAAUCCAAAUAAUUUAUUAUUAUAUACAUUUGAACUGGAUAGACUUAUAGAAAAAAAUAUUUUCGAACCAUUCGUUUUGACAAAAAUGUUAAAGUCAUUAAAAUGUGAAUUUUAUUCUGUAUUAGUGAAUCAAGCAGAUUAUUUAGAAAACCUAAAAAAAUCGAAAUGUUAUAAUUGUAAUUUAAAAGAAAAACAUUACGAACUUAUAUGUAAAAAAAAUGAUUGUUUAGAUGAUAUUGAAAAUAUUGAAAGAAAUAUUAAUGCAAAAUCAUUAAAUCUUUAUGAAGAUUUAGAAGGGAAACUUAAUGUUCUACAACAUUUUGGAUUUAUAGAUGAUCAAAAUAAUUUAACUGUAAAAGGAAAAAUAGCUAGCUAUAUUACUUUAACUGAUGAAAUUACAUUAACACAAGUUAUAUUUGAAAAUGUUUUAAACAAAUUAAAUCCAGCUGAAAUAGCAGCAGUAUUAUCAUGUUUUGUAGCACCAGAAAAAAAAGUAGAAGAAUCACCAGACUUAACAGUUAACUUACAAGAAGUAAAAGCAGCUUUAACAAAUAUACAUAGUAGCUUUGAAGAAUUUUAUAAGGUUAUUCGUUUAAGAAUAAGCUCAGAAGAUCAUUGGAAAUUAUGUAAUUUUAAAAUUAUGUUUAUUGCAUAUAAAUGGACUCUGGGUGUUUCCUUUGCAGAAUUGUUAGAACAGUGUGAAUUAGAAGAGGGAUUAAUAGUAAGGUCUAUAUUACGAUUAGAUGAUUUAUGUAGAAAAGUUAAAAUUGCUUUCUUAUAUCUAGGAAAUAUUGAUUUGGCUGAAAAAGUUGAGAAAACAUCUCAUCUUUUGAGACGGGAUAUAAUAUUCACAACAUCGUUAUAUUUGCAGUAA